AUGGCUAACAUUUUUUGUUCACCUCUCCUCAUCAUCUUGUUCUUUGGAACCUAUGUAUGUGCCAAAGACAUUUACACAAAUGUCUGGGCUGUGAAAGUCCGUGGUAGUCAACAAGAAGCGGAAGAGUUAGCCAUUAAGCAUGGUUUCUCAUACGACAGACAUGUGAGUGAAUAUCUUCGAUUAUAGCUAAUGCAUUUCCGUGAAAAAAAAUUUUCAUUUAAACAACGGUUGAUACUUUUUGUGUGUCCAUAAGGAAAAAUGUAUAUUUGCCUGUAAGAGAAGAACCAAACAAUUUGGUUCAGCUGCGUUUCGUUACUUUUAGGGGACCUUGGCUUAAGCUUCUUUGGAGGCAAAAAAGUAACCGAAUGCGCGAGCAAAAUGACGAGUUUACGCGACGUGACGAAUGUAUACGCCAAAUGUAGAAUGUAGAGCGAGAAAAAACAUGAACACAUGAAUCUGUUUUAGUUAUUUUCUGUACUGUUCUCGCUUGAAUCUACGGUAAAUUGCCUAAAAUCCAGAAAAUUACAAAGAAAUGUCCCGACUGCGAAAUUCAUAGUUCGUAUAUACCGUCGCUAAAAGAUGCUUUUAGAAAUGACCGUAUUUGCAUUCGUUCUUUUUUGUCGAACAUACGACAUUAUUUUUCAGCGUCGUUUUAAACUCGUCAUAUUGCUCGGGCACUUGUUUUUCUCUCUACAGCUCGACGGUCAACUAAAAGUAUAGACCUUGUCAAAGUUUUCGACGCCAUCUUGACGAGUAGGCAAACGUGUGAGAAAUUACAGUGUUUGUAUGAGAAUCUAAUGUCGAACAAUUUCCGUAGAACGGCUGUUCUGAAAAAAAUAUCAGUUGUAAACUAAAGCUACAAAGCAAAGGAUUGUCCUAAAAAAUUUUGCAGGCGACCUGUACUUAAAUUUCUCCAGAGGCUUGCUUUAGAUUUUUCAUAUGUUUGGCUGUAAUUUUCCUUAGACUUUCCUACAGACAAAUGUGUAGGAAAUUUAAAAAGUGGUUCUAGGUCCUCUCGUGCAUGUAACGCCCUCAAAUUUUUUCAGUAGAAUCCUUAGGAGUGUACCCUGGGUGCCAGAAACUUUUCUAGCACGGUUUCCGGUUUUUGUCAAGUCUUUAUAGUGACCCGCGCGAAAAGCCUCUGGAGCAGAGCGCUAUUGCUUUGAUGGCACCGAUCCAAUAAUUGUUAUUAUUAAACAACGGUUGAUACUUUUUGUGUGUCCAUAAGGAAAAAUGUAUAUUGUUAUUAUUAUUAUUGUUAGCACGGUUAAAUCAGUUGGUCCAGAUUUUGGACACGACGGCUGAUUGGCUCCUAACGACCACCUGAGGGACUUUGAAUCUAACGGACGCUACAAUUGGUUGACAAGAAUAGACCAGCACGUGAAAGAAUAUUUCCAACUUUGCUGUUGACUCGCGAGAAGUGUUGUGUUUGGGAAAAAAAUAGCAAGGAAAAGGAAGGGAGAGGGGGCAGAGAGCCUGUAGAGAAACAUAUGAAGCCGCUAUUCUGCCCUCUUGUAGUUAUCUUGCCGAACAUCUGUCAGUAAGAUCAUUAUCUGUCAAUCAAUCAAAAGAGGGUGGUUUUUCAUGCCAAAAUGCUGCUUAUUCCAAUAAAGUUGUUUUUAUCUGGGGUAGAUCCUGUUCUGGAAGGUUCUGUAACAAAAUGUUAUUUUUAGCCCCAUGUUUCAAAUGAGCCUUGUUUUGUUUUCUGGUCCGAUUUGCCCUCAAACUUUGAAACAAAGUUUUUGAAAUAAGGGGAGUGGCUUCUGGAUCUUAAUUGUCGUUUUUUCCAAAAAAACUUGAUUGAUCUCGGAUUACUAGAAAAGAGGCGUUAUGCAAAAACAUAGGCUCUUAGAGCAGGCGCUCCCUUCCCUUUUUCCUUUCUCCUGCCAGUCUUUUUUUGGCAGCAGGCUACCAGUCUUUGUACUAGCACAAGCAUUUGAAUCCUCAAGAUUUGCUCUUGAGCAAGGAGAAAGCUUUUCUGAUUUAAGCUGCUUAACUUGUUCGCGACGGGUGAGGGUCGUUCGUCUUGCUAGUUCAGUUUCUAAUUUAACAAGCCCCUGCAAUGAGCGAACUUGGAAAGCGAAAGAUACCAUCAUGACUUCUCCAGAAUGUGAACCUCCAAAGACAAGUACAAAGAGAUCAGCAGCGCUUCGAGCGCCGACAGGAAUUACACCUUUGGGUAUUUAUCCCGUAUUUAUAGCAACAAAAGGGGCCCGUAGGCCUACACGACACUUACCUCACGCCAAAAUGCUGCUUGUUCCCAUAAGUUUUUUCCUCUGCUGGCUAGAUUAUGCUCUGGAAGGUUCUACAUUUUCACUGAGCAAAUGUUAUUUUAGCCGCUUGUUUCACACUGAGAGGUCAUGGCAUACAUAUCGAUUUACUGUGGUUUUUGUCUCUGGUUGGCAGGAUUUGCCCUCUGAUGCAAGAGCAUUUUCUUUGACCUCUUUUGAAGCAUAAAGCUUUUUAUUGCGGCUGAAUAGGGGUCUUACUUUUCUCCAAAGUGCCUUCUGGGUCUGAAUAACUAAGCGAUUUUCUUUAGUCUGUGAAUGUAAUGUUUUUCUGAAAUGUUGUAUCACGCUGGGCACAGCUCAUUAGUGCAGAAUGUUUAAAAAUUAUCACGGAUAGUAAUUUACAAAUCCAAAGUUAUAAGAUUCAAGUGCAACUUAAACCGAAGUUACAUCAACUAUGGAGAAUUGCAUUGUGACUCAGUAAACUCCAGCCUAGUGUUUUUCUACAGAUAGUGUGAGUCUUUUGACUGGAGCACUUAGUUCCUCCCUUGGUGAUAGCUUUUGAACAAGCUUAACAGUCUUUGGAGUGUUUUGUUAUUUCCACUUUGUAAUCAAAAUGCGUGCUACGUGCUGACCGAAAAGCCGAUGUCAAUCAGACCUGUCAACAGUCAGUGUUCUCGCCAAUAAGAACUUGCGUCAGGAUCUGCUGCACAGCGGGUGCCGUGGAACGGCGGUCCCAAAUGUUUGUCUACAGGCCUUUUCGCUUUUCCCUCUCCCUAGUUCCCCGCUCGACCAAAGGCCUGUUCACAGGCUAAUUCAGCUUUUGCAGCAAUACGGUAAAAGCUUUUCUAAUUUCCUAUUUCAAAUGAUUACAACAUGUUUUGAAAUAGUUUGUAUUGAUGGAUUAGGAAUAUAAAAACAAAACCUGUAUUUUUAGUAUGAAAAGGGGGUCGGAAGGCAACAAAUGACUUUUACCUCAUGCCAAACUGCUGCUUGUUCCAAUGAAUUUUUUUCCGUGACGGGUAGAUUAUGCUCUGGAGAAAAACGUUUUGACUGAGCAAAUUUGGUUUUUGCCGAUUAUUUUAUACUGAGAGGUCGUGACAUGCUUAUUGAUUUUCUGCGGUUAUCAGGUCGGCAUAUGGUUUGCCCUCUGAUGCAAGAGCAUUAUCUUUGACCUCUUUUGAAUUGUUAAGCUCUUCAAUGCGGCUAAAUAAGGGUUUUAGGUUGUUUAAUUUCUCCAAAGUGCCUCCUGGACCUGAAUAAUUAUGAGCAAUUUUUUUUUUGUCCAUGAAAGUGACAGUUUCCUGCAAUGUUUUGUCACGCUGGGCCCAGCUUGUUAGCGUUUUUAGCAGGAUGUUAAAUUCUCACGAAUGGUGAUUUUCAGAUCCAAAUCUCGAAGAAUGGAUUCCAACUUAAACUGAAGCUACAUCAACUAUCAAGAACUGCGAUGUGACCCAGUCAUGAUUGCUCUUUUUAAUAAAGCAAUGAAUUUUAAACUCGAACUUGUUUUUCUAAGAAUAACGUGGGUCUUUGGGCAUUUUUUCACGUGCUGGCCCACAUGAGCACAGUUGGAGACUUUCAAUCUGAUUGGCGUAAAUGUAAUCCGAUAAGAAAAGCUCAAAGGUCAAUGGGGACAGUUAAAAGCACCACUCUGUGCCAGAGGUUUUUCUUGCGGCUUUGGCCUACGGCCGAAGAUGUGUCGGCCUUCGGCCAACACCAAAAAUUUCCGCCGCAUGCGAGAAAAACCUCUGGUACCUAGGGUAUUAGGAGUGAAGCUUCAGUUUACAAAUCAUAUUUUUUUCUGAACAGCUGUUCUACAGAAAUUGUUCGAAAUUAGAUUCUCAUACAAACACUGUAAUUUCUCACGCGUUUGCGUACUCCUUAAGAUGGCGUUGAUAACCGUGACAAGGUCUACUAAACAAGUUUGAUGGGCCGUCACAAAUAAAGAAAUAGAAAAAAAAUUAUCAAGGUUAAAAAUUUGAGUGCGACUCGCAGUAAGUUUUAGAUUUUAUAGCACUCGCUAAUUUUGAACAACUUUAAAGACAUCCCCAGAGAAUUUUAUUUCUUAAUGCCACACAGUGCACUGUAUUAAUUCUUUUUUCAUGUUGAUGUAGAAAAUGUCAAACAAAAGCAGCCAAAGUAUAAUUUAUAUUAUUAUUCAUUCAAAAUAUUUCUCCAUUUCUGAUUGGCUAAAAGCACACGCAUAAUUCACCAUAACCAGCCACUGUUGACCAAAUUUGGAAGAAUUUUGCGAUUAAUCAACCGCUGUUGUCAAAAGUGCAGCACACUUACAGGUUAAUGCACCAUUAACCGGGAAGACCUGGGGAGGAGGUUGUUUUGGUUGUGAAAAGAAAAUGGCUGAACAGUUGGCGGAACAUUUUACUCGUUUCACGACGAACUAUUGUCUAAAAACAUAGCAAGAGGACAACUUGACGGACAGCAUCUGCUAUUUGGAGUAUAUUUGCAGACCUGAACAGCCCUUUAUCUUCUAAAUAUGCACUAUCAAGGUAGGGCUUCUGAUAUUUUGCGCGGUCGCGGAGCCGCGAAAUUCACAAAAACACGCAAAAUACCGUGAAAUUCGGUAGAAAUCUUAUCAAAUACAUGUCUGUACAACAUAUUAUUUUAGCUAUUAGGGCUAUUUACUUGCCAUAAACUUGCACAUUUAUCUUGAAACUUCGUCACUGAAACAUGCAAACAACGUCCCGAAACUACCAGGCGUCAAUUAUAUUGCAAAAAACUGGGCACUAGCCAUGAUGUUAAAGGCUUCGCCAUUGGUUCAUUUCUGGAGCGUUUUGUUGUUGAAGGAGCAAAUGAUGACCUCUGUUAGAAAAACGUUAAAAACACUGGUCUGGAAGGUGCAAAACCGAUCAAUCCCUAGCGAAAUUUGCCUUGAAAAUAACCACAAAAUUGGCUGUUUUUUACCGAUUGCUUUUCAGCGAAUUUGUCCCUAAAAAUCCCGCGAAAUUUGACUUUUUUUUCUGCGACCUAUCAGAAGCCCUGUCAAGGUGAACUUAUCGUCAACGAAGGUAAGCAUGUUUUAGCUUUUUUUUAAACUAGGAAUUAUUUUGAAUGAAUAAUAAUAAAAAAUGAAUUUGACUUUCCUAAGAUAAUUUAUAAAGAAUUUUGUAAAAUAACUAAGAUAGUACGCGCGCUCUGAUUGGCCGAGAGGCGUGUUUGCAUGAGAGUACAUAAACAUGGUUGUGACAUCAAGAUGUUUUGCUUUUCGCGCGCUAAUCAUGCAAGCACGAAUUUGAAAAAGGUUUUGAGCUGAAAACCUCAACAAGUUUACUUUAUUCACCCAUUUAAACAUCGACUGAAACUUGGAAAAUCUUUAGAAACAUUCUGUGUCAAUUUUUUUUCACUUGAGCUGACAUUUUAAGCGAGAAAAAACCGGUAUUUUGGAAAGCAUCUUAAUUUUUUGCAAAACAAGGACUGAUUACGCGUACAAGCUUCGUGUACAAGACUUCGCGACUGGUAAGAAUUUGUCUUUUAAUCAGUGCCAUACAAUGAGUAGUUUUACGUCUUGUUUCUGGAAAGUUAUUUUAUAAAAGCAGUAGAAAACAUUUUUCCUGUGUUUGCAUAGCCUGAUAUAAACACUCGAGGCGCUGGGAGAAUUCUCGACAGUUAUGCAAACCCUCAACUUCGUCUCGGGUUUGCAUUACUUUCUUUAAUUCUCCCAACCCCUCUCGUGUUUAUAUCAGGCUAUGCAAACACGGAAAACAUUUUCUAUUUGUUAAAUGUAAUUGCUAAGUUAGCGUAAAUGAUCUAAUGGACACCAAGCUGUUAAGGGCUUUACAGGGCUUUUAAAAGAGAGAGAAGAACUGAUAAAAUAAUUAUAAUGCAUUUUGUGGGAUAGCCGAAUAUCUUGUCCAUACAUAUUGAUACAUCUAGACUGUCUAGAGAUCCUUAAUUGCUCUUUCGGUAACCAGUUGUUUCGCUUAGGUCUAGAAGUCUAUUUGCCUCGUCUAAUGUGUAAGUUAAUUCACCAUCAAUUCAUAUGUUGAAGCUUUAAAACUGAAUUAUUAAAAGUCCUUGACCCUGAUGUUUUUAAAAACUUGAUUAUCAGAAACCAGUCAUUUAUAAACAGAAUGUAUGAAUCAUAUUUUGCUAAAAGUGUUUUAAAAACGUGUUAUUGUAAAACUGAGCUUUAAGAUGUGUAUAAAGAUGAACUAAACUACUGUUUACAGUCUUUAUGUAGACUUCUGACAUGUGAGCGGUGCCUGUACUAUAAUGUAUUAACCUAUAAUAUUUUAUUCUAAAGGAUGUUGUACAUAUACAAAAUUAGCUUUGAUCGGUUCACACUUCACAGCUCGGUUCAAUUCAGAUGUCGAUGUUGCGACUUGUUGAAUCAUAAACUCUGUAAACUAGUUUUUUGUUUGUUCAUAUACUUUCUUGCAAACGUAGCUUUUUAAAUGAAAAAUUUAUAUAUAAAAGUUAAGACGUUCUUUGAGUAGACUUGUGACUUGAGCAGUGCCUGUGCUAAUGGGGGUGAGACUUUACAUUAACAUGUAAGUCAAAAGGACAUAGUACUUACAUCUAAAUUAGCUUGUUCACACUAUACAGCUCAGUUCAAUUUAUAUUUUGAUGUUGCCACUUGUUGAAUCAUAAACUUCAGUUAUAAAUAAGUCUUUUGUUAAAUGUGAUCCAUGAACUUAGUAAAGGUGUUGAGGGCGUUUUUUUGUGUCAACUUGUGCGUGUUUAGCUUGUCUCUGUGUCAGCUUGUCCUCUUUUUCUCUUUAGUCUUUGUCAGAGAAGUACUUUGUUACUUUGUGCGAUUUCACGCGGUCCUUGGACUGAGUAAGAAAAUAAACAUGCACUUUCAUGUGAUCCAUGCAAUCAGUUGAAAAUAACGGUGGUUUUAGAUUAAUGUAACCACAGAUUAUGGUCAUUGUGACAAAUCGAUCAAAUUGACUGACUCCAACCCCGAUCACACAUCAAGUAGAUUAAUCAGCUGUUUUUUAUAAUGAUUGUCAUAUAGUAGGCAAUAGGAUUUUAAGACGUAGGCAAGCUUACAUAUUAGACAAGGCAAAUUGACUCUAAACAUAGGUGAAUGGACCGUAGCUGAUUCUCAUGCCCAGGUCAUAAUGCACUGUACAUGUAUAUUGCUCGCAUCUUGCAAAUUUGGUCAACUUUGCUUGCAUUGUUAUGAAGGAUUAGCUGGUAGAUUAAUUUGAGCCAAUAAACAGCAGCAAAUAUCUUGAAUGAAUAAUAGCCAAUUUGAUACAACAUUUGAGUUUAUGUAAGCAAAAUGCCGUGACAAGCCUGAUUGUGUGAUUUUCCCUAAAGAAGAGAUUAAACUGUUUGAUAACCUUGACUUUUAGUACCUUCUGAGAUGGUCUUUUUUGGUUAAUAUUAAGAUUAUUAUUGAUGUGAUGUAAAAUUAUUCUCAGCUCUUUCAGGGCUAUCAUGCCUUUAAAAGACCCAAGUUAAAGAAACGGUUCGUUGGGAAGACUCAGUCUUUGUAUGAAGUUGACAGAAAGUUGGAUUUGGAGCCAAAGGUAAGACUACACCAUAAAGUAUAAUAGACUUUAAAAAUUUAUUGGGUGACAUGGAGUGAAUGCACCAUCAAUAUCAGGUUUGGUAAUUACCAGAUGAUUAAUUCUGGCUAAUAUAAAGAGGUGAAGAGGUGCAUCCUCCUGUUUUUGUUGUGAUUUCAAUUUAUUGGCUUCUGGCCCGCAUGCAUCGAGAAUUGUCCUUUCUUCAAGCUGCAACAUAGUACUCAGUCUAUUCGAUACAGAUCCCAAUGAAUGUUAAAAAAAUUACUUUUUAGAUUUUUUUCCAUUGACUGAAAACUUGUUUGAAACAAGAAAAUAAUAAAUAUCUGCCUCCAAUUCCUCUGAGGUGCUUAAUAACAACAGUUAACUAUAAGUGUGGCUGAGAAACUAAAAGAUAAAGAUGGCAAGCUAUGGUUGAUCAUGAUAAGCACCAAUAGGUUAUUCAACCAAAAAAUCGACACAGAGUAUAGAAUACCCUGUCACAUAGAAGCUGUAUCCUUGAAAGAGCCCCCCUGGCACACUGGUAAAUCUCAUAGGAGUGGGGGGGGGGGGGGUAACAGCCCCUGGAAAUCUAAAUGGGAGGGGGGUUCUGAACCUAAAACUACAUCCUCGGGAUUUAUGUUUUCAUUGCUUCAAUCAAUAAUAUAAGUUUUUGAAAGGUUAAAUUAAUUGAUUUUUCAAAUUUUAAUAAUGGAGCCUCCGCACGAGCAAGCGUGAAGCUCCAUACGUAAGAAAAUUUGGUAAACUAUGCAUCCGAGAACAUACCUACGUAUGUCUAUACGCACGCUACAGGUAGAGGUAAGUGGGAAACGAAUUACUCCCCUCUCCCCUAGAGAGUUUGUCCCCUAUUGUUUUAAAAGGCUUUAGAAAUGAUUGACAAAUCAGAAUCUGUCCACUGAGCAAAUGUUUGGUGGAUUUUAGGGGCCAACCAUAUGACUUUUGAGGGGGUUAUGGGUGAUUUCAGAAAAAAUAUCCUGCAGACUGAUUUCGAGGGGAAAAAGCUUGCAAGGAUAUAACUGGGAAAAAUAUAUCCUGCACUGAAACAAAAAAUCGCUCAUGACGUAUAUAAUGCUGAAAAAUAAAUCUUACACUGUUAUAUGUCGGGGGAAAAAUUUCUAACUCCAGAGAUUUGAGGGAAAAAAUUCUCACCCAUAGCCCCCUUCCCCACAAAAGCCUCAUGGUCAACCACACAGGGGGUGGGGGAAGAGGCAGAUUUGACACCUUAGAAAAUGUCAUCCAUCAACAAAAUGGCUGGCGCUCGUUCAUCAUGUGGUGGUUUUCAAGACUAAAUUUUUGUACUUCAAGAUUGAAAAUACGCCAAAAAAGACAAAUGGAAAGGGAAAGUUUAAAAGAAUGCUCAGUUUCCUUUUUCUGGACAAACGAGAGCUUACGAGAGUGUUACGCGAAUUGCUUUUUAGGAUUAACGUAUGGAUUUUUGAAUAAAAUUUUCAACUAAUUAAUUUAUUCAUCUGUCAUUGCUCAUUCAUAACAUUAGCUAAACAAACGAUCGAGAGACUACAGAUCGUAAGAUUUUUAGAAACACUAAACUAAAGUGUUGUUUUUGUACAUAUUCCAUUGAAUUACUAUUUAUUUUCAUAGUUAUUACUUGCCAUUCAAGAAUUUUGCAGUGUGCUGCUCUUCGUAACCGCUUAAAUGAAGUUUGUCUUCAGUUGUCUGUUUACGGCUUUAAAUUCUCGCUCAAAAAGUGAGGUUAUCUAAAAUAUGAAAGAGUUCUCUUCUAUUCUAACGACAGACUCGUCGGCUUUUCGAGCCUGAGUUUGUAAAAAAAAAGGUGAAAGAUUGGAUUAUACAUGUAGUAAGUUAUUGGUAGCGAAAAAAGUUAUCGUUUGCUUUCUUAUGUCUCUCCUCAAAGAAAAUAUACACCUUACGGUAAACCUUUGUAUCAGGUAUUGUGAGGCUGUAUAUAAAUAAGAAUAAGAAAAGAAAAGAAAAUAUAUAUAAUGGGCUUACAGGAACACAAAAGUCCCUAAGUCGGCCUAAUUUUCCCUUAGGUCUUCCCUUUAAGACAGAAAUACUGACCGUAGAAAUCGUAACCUGUAAAUAGCUGCUACUGAAGAGACCUACAAUUUCACUUUUUCAAUUCAGGUUUGUUUGUGGGAUAUUUUUCUCAAUCAUUUAGCCCCUCCCUUUGAAGGUGUAGUGAUGCCAAAGGCUUUUUAUUUCCUUUUUUGGCUUAGAGUUCAUGUUAUUAGUUUAAAUUUGAUUGCUUCAUCGUAAGUAUAGAAACGGAGGCUUCGAUUUUAGCCCUGGCUAAAUCCUGGCUAAAUCUAUAUAUUAUUCUUUCGAACUACAGACUUUUCACCGUAUUUAUUUUAAGUUUCAAUCCAUAAGCUUUGGAUCAAUUUAGUAAAAAAAAUCUGUGCAUAAAGAGAUCAUAUAAAUUUUUAAAGGAAUCUUCUACAUUGAGUGUAAUUUAUUACUACAGUAACUAACAAUUUUAUUGAAUUCCGGAUGGGUGAUAGUGGGGGUGGGUGGUUGAGUGUGUUCUUUUUCUGGGAUAACCUAAUAGCAAAGUGCAAGGUCCUAUUUUUAGAAUUAACAUAAUCAUUUCUUGCCACUAUAAUCGUUGGCCGUGGGGGCCAGAACUCUCUAGGUUUGAUCCUUUGUAGAAAAAAAACGCCAUAGGUGCAAUGAGUUUCGGAAGAAUCAGCCAGGGUCAGAAACAAGUAAUUGUGAAUCGCUAUUGUAUGGUACUUGAGACUGUUGUUAAAAACCCUCCAAAAGGAGCUACAUGUAAAAACUACCCCUUUUGAAACAUAGAUUCAGUGAAUUUGUUUUGAAACAUAAUUACAUAUAUUUUGAAAGUGAAAUGUUUUUGUGCAAGUGCGUUUUGAUCUACUUCAUACGCAAGAAAAUAAAAGAAAAAAAAUGUAUUUUUACCAUUUGAAGAAUGGAGUCAUUUUCCUUUUUUUGUAUGAAGCCAAUGACUGGGCUAGGAGGAGUAAAAAUAAUAAUCAUUUACACUAACCAUAGAGAAAAUUAUGUCCAUUGUAUAAUUACCUCAUAAUGUAAAAGUGGUAAAUUUAAAUUUCAACCAGAGUGGUUUUAAGGAGUAGCUCAGACAUGGGAAAUCACUAGGAUAACAACACAUCAAAGAAACUGGGAAAGUUCUCAUCGUUUCCUUUAUUGUAUCAUAUUGACCGAGGUGAUUUUAGUUAAGUGAUGAUCGUGAUCCAGAUCAUCCCGAUGGAAUAUUGCACCCAAUAAAGUUAAUCAUAGUAAGAAUUUACAGUGCGAUCACACGAACGGAGGCCGGCCAGACACAAAAUGAGACAUUUUGAAAUCAGCCAUUCACAAGUUAAGAUCUAAACAAUGAAACUGCGCAUGAUUUUGUACUCAAAGCCAGUUCAAAAUACGAGGCGACCCAGUUUUCCAAAGGAUAUAAAAAGGGACAGGUUCACGGUUAAGCGCAUGCGCAUUACUUUUUCCCAUUUAUUAUUAAUUCUAUCGGUUAAUGAUUCCACUAACAUGUAUCUCAGCGAUCUCAGAGUGUAGAAGUAGGAUGGAGGAGUACUAAAAUCGCAGAAAAAAUUAGUGGAUUAUGUCAACACUACCAACGUUGAAUUUAUUGUUGACCCGAAGGUUUUAUUCCAUGGUUGAUUAAUUUACAGUUAUUUGCACAUAAGGUGAUCAAGUGACUGCUAAGGGAGUCUGCAGAUUGGUUCUUUGACAUCAUUAUGACAUGAUCAUAUUGCUUGCAUAGACGAUACAGCAUGUCGCGGCAGAAAGACAGCGUUUCGAUAAAUGAGCAUGCGCUGAACCGUGAACCUUUCCCUUGAAUAACGAAUCUGUUUUAAUUCGUCACUCAUCUUAGUGGACCGCCUAGGAAACCGAUGUCCCUUGAACGAGGUCUAAAAGUUAUGGUUUGUGAUUGGUGGAUUUCGAUCCAUUUCGUUUGUUUCUGUGUCUCAAUGGGUCCGUUGCUCAGUUUGGGGCAAUCAUCGACUAGUUUACUUCGAAAAUUUUUCUGAUCUUUCUUUAUUUUUGUCACUUGCAAGAAUAAAGCAAUGCCUGCCUCCUUCUCUCGACAAACAUUCCACUAACGCCAUUGGGAUUUCCUUCGCUAUUCUUGAGCAGUCUAGAUUCAUUUUAAGCUGGACUAGUACGUUGCAUUGCAAUAGGCCACUUGCACUAAGAGGUCACGUGACCAAUGCUUCCUUUAAUACAAUGAGUUGGAAUCUUGCUGAUGCCAAAAAUUGAUAGAGCACACAAACAUCAUCUCACACGCGAAAUUUGAGAGGAAACGCAUUUAAGGGAGAUAUUUUAUGGCACUUUGAUUUUUCAACAAAGUAGAAUGAUUUGUAUUGGCCGCCAUGUUGGAGGGCAUACUCUUGCCCUCCAACAUGGCGGCCAAAACUACUUUUUGCUUAUACCUUGUUGAACGUUUUAUAGUCUCGCUCAGAUGUGCUGUAAACGUUACUACAUCAUCUUCUCAGCAUUUUCCUUGAAUUUUAAGAGCAAAAUUUGUAUUCAGAAAGAGGUAAUUCAUAAUUUUUAAAAUCACAUUUUGGUCACGUGACCAGCCACGAACUUACUCAUUUUAAGAAAAUGGUGCGGGUUUGACAAACCUGAUCACUAUUAUUUUUUUUAAGAUAUGACCCACUAAUCGUUUUUCGAAGAAAAAGUCAUACAACUUUCAUUUUCAUAAAAACGAUGUCACAUGACCUCUUAGUGCAAAUGGCCUAUUAUUUGCAUUAAGCUGCUUUAUCUUUGUAAUCACUCAGUGACACUGCCAUUUACUCGGCGCUGAGCCCUG